AUGUGGAAUAUGCAGGGAAUUGAGCACCGCAACAAGACGAACUAUCGCCCACCCAGCGCAACGCCCCGGGAGAAACGCACCGUGCAUUUCAAGAGCAGAAGCAGAAGACAGUCGGACGGGCCUGUUUCGAACACACCCGAGCAUUUUCUCCCACCACCGGACGACCCAAAACCAGUAGGUGCUAUUAGCCCAACACGCGCAUACACCAGCGGUGCCGCCACCAAUCGCCGGCGGAGGACACCCCAGGCGCCCAAAGACCGCCAGGCGACCGAUUCAUGCUUGCCCACUGAGGCUGGACAAAGGCCUCCACGCAUCUGCGUACUCUAUCUUCGCCGCGCUGCUGCGGCAUCCGCAUGGGACAACAUCUCACCCCAGGUUGGAUAUAAGGCAUCCGCGCACCUCCAUGCUCUAUCUUCGCCGCUGCUCUCCGCAUCGCCGAAAACGCUCCCCACUCUCGUAGCGUUAACGACGUUAGCUCCCGUGGAUAUGCAGCUGAACGCGCUCACACUUAUCCUUGCAACGCUUGCGUGCACUGGCGUCGCCGCACCUGCCGAUAUGCCACUUGCGCUGCGCGUCGCAGCGGACUCACGGUCGGCGCGGUAUCGCGACACGGUCGCACCAUUCGACUUGCCAUGGCACUCACCACAGAAGAUCUGA